AUGGAGACGGACUUUGUAAAUAUGACGUACAAAAGCAAGAUGAGCAAUUUUGACUGGUACAUGGAAGUUUCAGUGAUUGCCCUGUUGAUGAGCAUGAUUUUGGUUCAUUUUGCCUGGUGGCACAUGAAAAAUGUGAUGAGGAAGAGUCAUGAAGAGGAGGAGAUCUCACUGUAUCAGGAUGAAGUUUAUACAAAAGACCGAAAAGAAUCCUUCCCAUUUCUUCAACACAUGGCCAAACAAUCAAUGUACUACGUUUUUCCUAUGCUUGGCGAUGCAGGAGAGAGUCCACAAUUAUCAUCAGACGACGAGACAAAACCAAUGAUUGGAAAAUCGCCCUCGGUCGACGGUUUCUUCAUCGGUGAUCAUCCAAAUGACAGUAACUCGGAUGCCCCGUCGAUUUCAGACGAUUAUUUGAAUGUUCAAGAUCUCAAGAAGCAGUUUCACGAUCCGUUGACUAGAGUUAGUUCUGCCCCGCCAAACAAUCUUCUUUACUGA